AUGACGUCCCAGCGGCGGACGGAUGUCGCCUUGGACAGCAACCAGGAUUCCAUGCUGGGCAUCCACUUUGACGUCACAAUGCUCGACAUGGCCUGCGACCACGUGACCGUGGGCGUGUGGGACGCGUUCGGCACCGACCGGAUGAACAUCACCAAAAACCUGGUGAAGCAGCGGAUCGACCACAGAGGGGUCGACAAGGGCCACGCCUACACGGAUGACGAGCUUACGGAGCUUGACUUCUCCGAGAGGCCGGGCUGA